CAUUGCAAAAAGCAUAAAUUUUUGACAUUCGUCCCAACGCACACAACCAAACAUUGCGAAAUGAAUGAAGCGAAGAGUGUAAACUCGCGAGUGUGUAAACCAAAAAAACUAAACUUUGUCCAUCUCGCGUAAAAGCUGCCAUUUUUCGGUUGUGUAGUGGCGUUGAAAAUCGACAAUUUAGUGCGGUAUUCCGGCUUUGUGGCCGGCUUGUGUUAGCACCGUUCGGUUCCGCUAGUAUCCGGCGUUCCGUUUAGGCAGUGAAAAGUAUCGAUUUCGUCCGUCAAGAUGUGAUAAUCGCUCCCCGGAUUUGAAACUCUGUGUGUGCGCGAACGAACUGUGUAAAGUCCUUGAGAAAAAUUUCUUCCUGCCGGUGUUUCCCUUUUUGUUCGAUUGGCAGCAGCAGCAGCCAGCAGCCCAUUUCGUCGGUGCGGGGCUGGUUGGGGUUCGCGGGCGGGGCGAACGAAGAACGAUUCUGUGUGUGAUUUUUUGUGUGCGAAAUUUGUAAGUUCUCGAAAGAUGUCUUCGAAGCUGCUCAACUACCCAUCGGCCGGAGCGAAUCCGCAUCUGGGUGCCGGUGGUGGCAGUUCGGCGGGGUCGUCGACUGCGAACCGAAAUGGCACCACCAUCGGCCACGGUUCCUCCUUGUUGAAUUUGGAGAAUCUCCAACUGGAUGACAUCCUGUGCACCGUUUGCCAAUCGGUUCUGGUUGAGCCGGUGUUUCUUCCGUGCCAGCACCGGUUCUGCCGGAACUGUCUCAGCGGAACGAUCGAGAAGAACAACCUCAACUGUCCGUGCUGUCGGAAACGGUUCGGGACGUGGUACCGGAACGCUUCCCGAAUGAACAAGUUGGUUCACGAGAAGCUGUGGAAUGCGAUCCAGAGCCAGUUUCGGGACUAUCUGGACGAGGACGGUGCCGGGCGGUGCAAUGGGAACGGAAGCGUUGGUAGCUGCUUUGUACCGCAAAGCGAAAGCGUUAUCCACCUCAGCGAACCGGGUGAAAUUCGUAAAGAGUACGAGAAUGAACUGCAGCGAUAUCGCAAGGAGCUCAUCGAAGAAAAGAAAAAAGAACUAGCCGCCUCGGAAAAAUACAUCAUCAACCUCUACAAACAGGAGGGAAUUAUCGAUCUGGUGGACAGCAGCGAUCACCUGUCAAUUUCGUCUACGACAAGCACUCCGGAACCACCACCGGAUAAGAGCCGAAAUCCAGCACAAAGCUCCAAUCAGGAGGCCAAAGCACACGAAGUCGUCGAAGAUGACGAAGAAGCUGGACCUUCCGGAUCCGGAAAUGGGAAGAAGGACUGUAGUCAGGCGAAACCAGUUGCUCCCAAUCAGAACAGUGCGAUCACCAGCAGUAGCAAUAACGUGAAUUCUACUAGUCGUCAGGAGACUCCCAAGUCCCAGUCUAAUGGAAGUGUCAUAUCGAUUUCAUCGACCUCCUCCGCCUCGGGAGCAUCGUCGUCGUGCAUUUCGUCCGCCUCCAGUCGGUACAGUUUAGUCAAACAGCAACCGCAGCAGCAGCAACAACCGGCCUCGAGCAAAGCUCAAAGCUCACAGGAGGCGGCAACCACAAGUAAGCACACCGUUGGUCCGGUGGUCAAGAAGGUUUUCACGAUGGCCGAACUGAAUCAGAAUGAACUGUGCGUGAAACCGACCAAGCUACACCGGCGAAACUCUAGUCAAGCGGUCGAUGACGACGACGACGAUGGAGACAGUUUGCGAUCGGAGCUGAACCAUUUCAAGCCCAUCUUUUCCACGACGCCCAAGAGUUGUUUCUCAUCCAAGGCGAUCGUACGAGUUCCUUCGGUACGACCGGAAACCGGAUCGCUACCACCAAAGUCCGAGUGUUUCAGCCCGAGCAAAAGCCCGUUUAAGCCAAUCGAUCCGACGACUCCUCGCCGCUCGGCAUUCUCCGUAGUGAAUGUAAACCUAUUCACUCCGCUAACCGUAACCAUCACCGAAGCAGCCAACAAAUCGACCGGCAAGCUGCAGAAGCGAAAAGUUAGCGAGUCUGUUGGCAAAAAGCAGAAAACAGCGACAAAGUCAUCCGGUAAGGCGAGAAAGCAGCCUAGCAGCAAAUCAAACGGAGCAAACCCGGAACCAGACCGUCGCAAACGGAAGUUGAAGUUUUCGCCGCUUCCGAAAGCGAAGGUGAAAGAGGAGGUUGCGAAGGCAAGCGAUAACAGUAGUAACAGUAGAACCACCCGAAGAAGCCAAGCGAGGCAACCCAGUAGGCUGAAAAACAUCAUCGUUAGCGAUCAGCAGCGACGGGAAGCGAUGAUCGAACAGGAACGACGAGACUUUGAAUUUGCACAAAAACUUCAGAAGAAGCUCAAUCGCACAAGGGGAGCUACAUUGCUGGUGAUGGAAUCGCUUCCCAAGGAAGCAUCGAAGAUUAUAGCUAGGAAACAGAACAGUAACUACUCGCUACGGCGGCAAACGAUAGCCGUUCAACCAAUGAUCGCGCAAUUACCGCCUCCGAAUCCUCCGAGUAGCAGUACUUCGUCCAUCAGAAGUGACAGAGGCCACCGGGAAGUGCCUUCCCGUAAGAGAGGAGCCCCUGCCAAGGUCGAUGAAGCGCCGAAACCGAUUGCAGAGUCUACUACGUCGGCGGCGACGACGACGACGACGGCCACAGAGACAAAGCAGGCCAAGAAGCCUAAGUUGCAGCCUGCUGCGAUGAAGAAGCGACGACAACCACCGAUGAUGGUACAAGAGACCCACCCACCAGAGGCAGAAACCGGAGGCAGCAGCGAGAGCAGAAUCCUACGACGGUCCAACCGGAUCAGAUCCUAAAGAGGACCCGACAAAAAUCUGAUUCUCUUCAAAAUGUGAUGUUUUUUUUUCUGUUGUCGUCAAUGUUGCCACCCGGAACGGAAGCGUUGACGAUCGGAUUUAAGGUAAAUGUGAUCUUAGUGACUCAAACACACCGACCUAGAGAGAGAGCGAGAGGGAAAGUGAGCGAUGAAAGUACGUAGACAGAUGGAUGGAAGAUGACUAAACCGAUCAAGGUAGGUGUAUUUUAGUGCGUAUGGAUGGGACACGGCUCUAUAGCUAAGGACAGCGCGCGAGUGUGUUUGGUCUACUUAUAUUUAUUAUAAUCAUCCUAGGGUAUAUCUACUAUAUUAAUUUAGGCUACGAUUAGUAUUAUUCAACAUUUGUGCCGACGCAAUCAGUUUUCUUUUGUACCAUUUUUAAUUUUCAACGAACGAGAGGGAAAAGGACAUUUUCUUUUUGUUCUUCAAGCCAACAGUGUGCGUGAAAUAAUCUCGAUUCGGAUGUUGUGUAAAUAGAUGUUUUAAACUGUCAACCAACGUGAAUAAUCCUUCGCCUUUGUUCACAACGAGGGUUCAAACCUAAUCAAUUCACAAUGCUGCUUGGAUCCUGUUUUCUAGAGUUUUCGCAAAAAUCGCAAAAAUAUGAAAAAUCAUUCCCGCAAAAGAACACUAGACUAGUAUCGCCGCUGUCGAAACGAAGCGGGGGGUCAAACAAUAGCAACGAAACGUGUGUGGUUCUACAAAUUUCCCGAUGUUCGGUAGCUGUAAAAAUAUUAGUAGUAGUCAUUAUAUAUGUAUGUGUGUAGUA